AUGCCUAAACAUCUCACGCUCGCAGUCUCCCAAUCGCGCACCUUGCCAACAACAGCAGCCACCAUCUCCUCGCUUUCAGAGACAGCGCACCACGCUGCUCAAGCAGGCGUUCACCUUCUGCUGUUCCCCGAAGCCUACCUAGGUGGCUACCCUCGCACCUGUUCGUUCGGCGCCUCCGUCGGAUCUCGCACCGAUGGUGGUCGCGAGCAAUUCCUACAUUACUUCCACUCCGCUGUCGAUCUGGGAGACACCCCCAGAGGCGCCGGGCAGGAUUGGGUGGAUAAAAGGUUAGAUGUGGCCAAGGGAAAGGGAUACAGAGGAGAUGGAACACGGGAAAGACUGGAGCAGGUGGCCAAGAACACAGGAAUUUUUCUGGUUGUUGGACUUGUCGAAAGAUCUGGUGGGAGCCUAUACUGCGCAGUUGUCUAUGUCUGUCCGAGAGAAGGCUGCCUGGGCAAAAGAAGAAAAGUCAUGCCGACAGGCAGUGAACGACUGAUUUGGGCGCAAGGAUCUCCGUCUACCUUGAGGGCCAUCACGACCGAUAUCGCGGGCGUGAAGCUCACGCUUGCGGCGGCAAUAUGCUGGGAGAAUUACAUGCCCUUGCUGAGAUUUUCACUCUAUUCGCAGAAUGUCAAUCUCUACCUCGCGCCUACUGCUGAUGCCAGGGAGACAUGGUUACCUUUGAUGCAGACGAUUGCAUGUGAGGGGCGGGCUGUUGUGCUGAGUGCGAAUCAGUGCGUCAGGAGAAAGAAUCUACCGAAUUGGAUCACCGGCGAACAAGAAGCAAAGGGCGGGGAAGGAGAGGCUGAUAGCAUGAAAUACUCUACAGACGACAAGAAUGGACGACGUGCUUCCAUUGUCACCAAGACGGAGGAUAACCAUGAGAUUACAUGGCCUUCUCCCGAUUCCAAACUGUCCUCGAAACCCACACCGCCCGACAAUAAGACCACCAAUGGCACAUCACCCACCCACCUCAUCACGAUCCCAGCAGACUCCGAAACCGUGCAGAUUCCGAAUGCAGUCCAAAUAGAAACACCCGACAACCACGUUCUCGCUCUCCCCUCCUCAGGCACUACCCGAAAUCAAUCUUCCGCGUCCACCACCCAAGCCCAAGAUACAGACGACGAAUUCGUCUCCCGCGGCGGCUCCUGCAUCAUCUCUCCCACCGGCUCCAUCCUCGCUGGACCACUCUGGGACGUAGAAGACGGGGGACUGUUGACGGCAACCAUUGACUUCGAAGACUGCGAACGUGGAAGACUGGAUCUAGACGUCGCUGGGAGCUACGGCAGGAACGACAGCUUCGAACUUCGAGUCGCGGGCCUGGAUCUCAGCCCGCCGCCUUGA